AUGCUGCUGCGUAUGCCUGGAUUUACUUACCUUGGAUUGGGACACUGUGAAUUCUUCUCAGAUUCGAUUCUUGAGAAACUGAUGGAAACUGGUAAAUUCAACAAACUUAUUGCCAUUGACAUCAGCUACACAAAUGCACUUUCUGAGAGUGCCAUCUACAAUUUCCUUAUCAACUAUGGCAGUAACCUUAGAGGCUUGAUUCUCUCAGGGAAACCAAAACUGACUGAGAACUUUUGGCUUAAUGUGAUUCCCUUUUUAAAAAACAUCAGAAUUUGUGGCCUGGGCACAGCUAAUGGUUGGUUCCUGCGUAUAAACACUCGUGUCCACAUCGACCAAGUGAUUGAAGGUUUUGCUCAGCACUGCGCCUAUAUGGACCGACUGGAGAUUCAAUGGGAUCCAGAUACAAUCAGAUUCAGUGAUAAAAGCAACAAAUUUGUUGAUCACAUUCGAUUGCGAUGCCCUCAUCUCCGUUCCAUCACCCUGAGUGAUGGGGAAUAUUAUGAGAUGGUCAAGUCCAACUUUGAGCGCGCUGACCGGAAACGGGUGGUCAGGACAACCAUCAACUACAGCACAAGCAUUGUCAGUUUGCUGACCCAUUACAAUGACCUGUUGUUCAAUUAG